GUCACUUUGGACCAAAGGUACCUACUUUGCUGUCACUCUCAAGGUUCGCCUGUUCAGAAGAAAAAGAGCUUGAAUUAAGUGUAAGAAAAUUACAUAAACCGUCGUUAAGUCUUUUCCAUCAGUAAAGAUUAGUCGAACGUGAGCACAAUUCCCGGGCUGUCGUGUUAAUAAGUACAGAUAGAUUAACGCGAACGAACGUGCCAACAAGUGGAACAAGUUGUACUAUUAUUCCGCCAUGGACGUGCUGAUAAACGUUAUCAACCAAAGUCAAGGAAGGGACCGCAUUUUCAGAGCAACCCAAUACGCCUGUGCUGUGUGUGCUCAUGUUCUCCGAAACAACUGUGAGCAAAAAGACCUUGUGGACAAACUCAAGAGUCUGGAAGCCAACUUGAGUGCUGGACGAAAGUUGUUAAGGCUGGGGAAUGCAGUAAAUGCCAUUGAGGCUGCCAAGCGAGCUGUACGACUCUCAGACCGAGUGCUUUGCCUCUGCCUUACUACGGCCAACAUCAACCGUGCGCUCUACUUUAUCUGCGACAACGCACUCUGGGCGAGGAACGCGGGCCUCGUCCGAGGUAUCGACAAGGAACGCUGGAGCGCUAACGCCUCCCGUUGCUACCUGCUCUCGCUCAUUACGAGCCUGACCAGAGAUGUUUACGUCAUCUCCCAGUUGAUGGUGCACAGAGCGAGAGAUCAGCACUUCAGGCAGAAGAUGGAUGCGCAUCUCAACCAGAGUCCUGAAGUAGUUGACGUCAUAGUCCCUCAGUUGGAUGCUUUUCUCUUUCUGCUGCUGCACAGCUUAAAGUCGCAGCCGUCUGUCUUCUUGGACACCAUCAAAAACAUUUGUGAUCUGUCCCUGCCUCUGGACAAAUUGGGCAUCUACAGGUCAAACGCUGGGGUGGUCGCCUUUUGUGGCCUCGUAUCUUCAUUGAUCGGGAUUGUGACGCUCAUACAACCCAAGCUGAGAAUUAAACCGUGAAGACACAUUCCUCCAUGGCUUAAACUACUGCAGAGUUGAAUAAUUACUCUCUGUAGUAGUCAUGCACCUUGUACACAUAGAGAUCAGACAAUUGGUACACCUUAAAUGGGAUUAUUUUCCACAGCAUGGUACCUACUCGACUCUAUAACGUGUUCCUGUUAGCCAAAGCAGGUACUAUCAGGUACUUUUUGUAGUACCUGCACUGCUUGGGUUCCAAAUGGAUGACUGGUAAAAACCAAUGCUUGUUGCUCAUUAGUUGAGCAAAUUUUAAGCAGGGGUGUCCCAACUGCAGCCUGGGGGUUUAUUUACACACAAUAUAAAGCAACACCUGCAUUUGAAAAUAAGGGAAUUUUUCAGGAAAAAAGAUAAAUUACUCUCACUGCGAGCCCACUCAAUUCAGGUGUCCAAAGUGCGACCCACAGAUCAUUCUUAAAAAUACUCUUCUUAAUAAAAAACACUAACGAGUGUAAUGUAACAAGCACAAUUUAAAAUGUUGGUUCUACAUCCAUAUGGCCUCAUUCUUCAUUGUGUCACAUGAAAUGUGACACAUUUGGAAGGUACGCGAUCCACUUUAGCCACCAGACGGUAGUAGAGUUUUGAAUAUCUUAAAAUGUGUUUUGUGGAAAUUCCAACUUUGACCACAGCGUGUUUUCAGCAGAUUGCAUUGCAAAAUGAUUAACCCCCACACUUCCUUCCUCUCGCGUGAGAUCCACCCAGGAAUGGGGCCAUAUGAAUCCCUUCCCUACUGUUCUAUAAUAACACAUAGCUAACAUGCAGGCUGUUUUCUUGUUUUAAAGAAAAAGAAAAAUGAUUGCAUUUAUUUUUAAAAUAAAAAAAUAUAAAUGUUUGGCCCUCCGUGGAAAAAGUUUGGACGCCCUGCAUUAAUGGUUAUCCUGCCUUGGGUGUGGAAAGAGCUAACUACCCACUACGUUGUUACCUGUAGUACUUAAGUUUGAGUUUAUUUCGAACAUGCAUGCAUACAACAUGAUACAUCACAAUUUCCGGUUUUCCAGAGUGUAUUUUGUUGUUUGAUGGAAGUUAAAAUAUGGGAAAUUUACAGGAAGCUAUUUAAAUGGGAGGGCGACGACAGGAAAUCAACUCACGAUUCAAUUUCCAGUUCUUGGGGUGACAAUUCAGUUCAGAAUGGAUUCUCGACUCAAACCGAUUUCUGCAAAAUAUUAUUUGGUUAAAAAAAAAGGAUGAAACCAUUUCAAAACAGGUUACAACAUUUGACGUAUUAGUGCAGUGAGUAAGCACGGAGAUGGCCUUAAAAAUGUUGUUCUGAAAAUUGAUUGAAUACAAUUUUUUAUAUAUACUUUUUUAAUAGAUUUUUGAACAUUUUAAAUUAGAAUAAAUAAGAAUCAUGUUUCUAAUGUGAAUCUGUGAGUUCCCCGAGUAAUUUAUUGGGCGAAAACCGGAUGGUGGACAAGUACGCGUUUGCGCCUCAGACCUUUUUUUUUGGUAUUGGCCUGCAAAACAAUUACUAUUACAAAAUAAUUGCAAAAAAAAAGAAAAGCCAAUCGGCAUAACGAUAUGGGAUAAAAGUUAAACCGUCACCUUUAACACAAAUAUAUAUAUAUAUAUAUAUAUAUAUAUAUAUAUAUAUAUACAUAUAUAUAUCUUGACUAGAAAAGCACUCAGACCUCUGCCAGACCUCCGAAUAGUAAAAAAUCUUGACUCCAGAUGAUGAUCCUAAUCAUCCCCAAAAUGUAAACACUAAGCCACUUUCAUCCAAAUCCACCUAUAAUUUUUGAGCUAUGUUGCUGAAGUAAACGGAGUGAACCCUCUAGUCAGUCAUCCACGCUCUCUGUCACUGUGGGUGUAGGAAGGGAUGCUAGCAUACACAUACAUAGAGAAGUUCAGUAUUGUAACAUAUGUACAGGUAAGGUAACACAGUAGAAAAGAUACAGAUCACCUACAAAGUCGUAUCAGUUGUUCCUUAUCCCAUUUUGGAAAUUUCCUUAACGUUUCAUGAAAAUCUGUGUGUAAGUUUGAGUUAUGUUAUAACUAAGACACCAGCAGAGGUCAAUUAUAUAACUUCUUAGCAUAUCGACAUGGGUUGCUUUUAUCCUGUGUAAAAAAUCAAAACGGCCCCCGUAUCCUUACAUUUUUCAGUAUGACACCCUCAGUGGAAAAAAGUUUGGACAUCCCUGAUCGACUGUCUCCACUUGGCUGCAGUGGUCCAGUUUUCUUGCUGCCCUCAGUGUCCUUUUGGAUAAAAUAAGUCUCCUCUUUGUAAAAAAAUGUGUCAAAUUCUGACCCAUGCAUUCCUUGUGGUUUGGUUUUUGGCAGAGAACCCACUGCCCCAAACCCAGUAGAAUCGGUACUAUGCGGUGGAAAAGUGGAAAUAAUAAGUACAAGACUACUUGAUUUUACACAAAUUGAUUGUCUAUAAAAUGUAGUGUUUGAAAUGAUUUAAAGAAAAUGGAGCAAAGCCAGCAACAUUUUAAUAUGUUCUUACUUGAUGUAUUGUAUACAGUACGUCUGGACCCAGGUACACUAUGGACUGGUCUAGGGGAUUACUUCUUUACUAUUCCUGGUCUGCUUUGACAUCUAAAUGCUGCUAAAAAGGGAGAAAACAAUAAAGUUGUGCCUCAAGGGGGAGUUAAGUUAAUAUUGAGGAUUGAGGGUGUUAUGGAUUUUAAUUGGACCCCACAGGUACUGGCCCAGGUCCACAUUCUUGGAACUGUAUUGCAAAUUAUUGUAACAAAUCAGUUCCAUGUAUUAUGUUAGCUUAGGUCAAAAGUCAAGUUACAGAGUUUUUUUUCACACUUUGAUCAGUAUUUUUGACUUGUUCUGAUUCUGACGGUGAACAACAUUCUAUUGUAUGAAUUCUGACUAUUCUUUAUCUGAACAACUUCAUACCUGAGCCUAUGUUCUUGAGGGUGAAAAGUCAGCGCCACUGGCAACUUUUACAUGUUUCUCCUCCAGUUUUUUUCAAGUUUGCAACUGUUUCUUCCAUACUUUCAUGAUUAUACUGUGACCUCAAAGGGGAACUGCCUUUUUUUUU